CUUUUUUUUUUUCCUGUGUGUUUUUAAUAGUUCUUGCCCAACAACAUCUUGGAAAUGCCUAACACUUGCUGAAAACUGGUAUUCUGCUGCAAAAUCUUAGCUCUUUUCCAUCAUGCAGCCUUCCAGUCAGGCUUUUGGACUUUCUAAGAGAAACCCUUCUAAAAGCUAGAAGAUACACCUUCUAACGCCAACGGGUUUGAUUGAAAAACCCUUGAGAAGAGUUCAUCUUGAGAUGCACAGGUGCGUCUUGAUGAUGGUAAUGGUCCCUCGGACUCCCCCUAGCUCAGUGCCAGCAGAACUGGCUCUGUGCUGUACACUGAGGUCUAGUCGCCCUCAGACUGAUAUGCUGACAGCUGCCUGGCAUUUCCAUUUCCAGUGUGGGCUGCAUGGCACAGCCUGCUUGCUGGACAAUAUCUUCAAAAGCUGAGAAAUUCCUUUUGAAAAUAAAAGGAGCAAAAAGGUCUCCCUCUCUGUUCCAUGAAUUGCUUUUCUCUGCCUCUGCUUCAUAUUUCUGCUGUAUUCUUUUCCAUAAUGCGUUCUCCCAGCAUCCAGUAUUUCCUGAAUGACAGAGCUGCCAAAUAGGAGUGCCACCAGCCCUGUCUGACAGCACAUCUGUCAGUCCCCAGCCUCCACAGCUGGUCUAUAUUUAGUUGGGUUUCCAGUACGGCACACACCACUCAACCACUUCAGUAACUCCAGGUCAAAUGUGCUCCGAGGCUGUCUGGAGCUUCACGGCAUGGAUAGCUACUCGUUUACCAGCAGUCUUACAGCCUUACCAUUACCUUUUGCUUUAACUAGGAACUUUUUUGCAUAACUGUCCUCUGUCUGUGUUAGACAUUUCACUUUCUCAGGUCCUGUGUAAAUAUAAAGGUUUCCAAGCUCCAUCUGGUUCCAGUUACUCAAGCAAUAGAAAUACACAUGCUUCAGGAAUUUGCAGACGGAGACUUACUGCCUUGCUGCUUAUAAAAUCCUUUACAAAGUUCACCAUGCUCUGUUGCCUACUGACAUACCUGUAGUCUGUAAAACAAUUUCCCGCAAAUUUACUUACGUUAGAGAAACAAACUGGAAGCUGACAGUCUCGGGCCCUUCUCUCUAAUAAGGCUAACCUGCCUUCACUACUAAAUAUGGCUUUAUAAUACACACGCGCACGCACACACACACACACCCUUGACCACCAAAGACUGCCUCUUCCUGAAAUCCCCCGUUCAUAUAAAUACAGGAAGUAGAAAUAAGAGAGGCUAAAAUCAGACCUUCUUGGCAGUUUGCUUUCAUUUCAGUGCUUGUUUAGUUGUCUGCCCUCCGAUACUACCGAGCCUGAAGCUGGUUUCACACAUCCUCCCCCUGCAGUCCCUUGAAAUAUCAUCUUCAGUACAAACCUAAGGAUGUGGAGGUUCUGCUCAGCGAUGGCAAGGAAUUGCUUUCUUUACCAAGGAACUCUAAAGCCACUGUGAAACAGAAAGUAUCUUAAAGUUUGCUGUAAUGAUGAAAACAUCAGCUGGAGACGAGGGAGCCAGGGAUGACUCAGGCCCCAGCAGCGAUACCAGUGAAGACGGGAAAGAGACACAUCUUUGUCAGGCCACUGCCCUGCGAAACUGCCUCUCACUUCCAGGAAUCAGCAUCCUUGAUAAACUCAUCAAGACCUGUCCCGUCUGGCUUCAGCUGAACAUGAACCAGGAAAGGGCUGGGGCAAUACUUGGCAAAGAAGCAGCAGGGAUGUUCUUGGUUAGGAAAGAGGGUAAUGUGAACAACAUGGUCCUUGCAGUCCGCCUGCCAGUCCGAAAUGAGGUUCCUGACGUGCUGGAGUACACCAUUAAAGAAGAAAAAUCAAUCCUGUACCUGGAAGGAUCUGUCCUUGUAUUCGAGGAUAUCUUCAAACUGGUUGCCUUCUACUGCGUCAGUAGAGAUUUGCUGCCCUUCACCCUGAAGCUACCACAAGCAAUAUUAGAAGCCAACAGCUUUCAAGAUCUUGAAAUUAUCUCUAGUCUGGGGAUAGACUUCUGGGAUUCCUCCUUAAACCGUGGAACAAGAGGAGAGGGGUUAUCCCACCCUGCAAGAGACUCUGCUUUCAGCACUGCCCAUGCAGACAGUUUAAGAUCUACCCAGUGUUUUGCAAGUAGCACAAACCACUGCUCAUGUGAAAUUGAGCUGUCAAUAGGAAAUGACAGGCUGUGGUUCGUGAAUCCUAUUUUUAUAGAAGAGUGCAGUAAUCCUUUUCCUCCAGAUGUACCUCCUCCUAAAGGCCGCACUGUGAGCGUCGAUCUGCCCCCUGACACCACGCUCGCUGAAAGGAGGUCUCCCCGCCGCCCCCCCCCACCACCCCCUUCUCACACUCACGGUCAGAAGUCUUCUCUGAAGCUCCCGCGGGAUCCGAUGACGGCCUGUGAAGAAAACCAGCUGCUUCUUCAGCCACUAGGAAAGAGCAUCAAGGAAAUGAAAAUUGAGGGCGGUGACGGUGAAGAAGAAGAAGGGAAGCACAGCGGCUCACUCAAGGAGUCCCCGGCAGCGAGCCCCAAGAAGGGUUCCCAGCCCUCCGUCCCCCCGCGGAGACGGCUCUGUGAGAGGACCUCAGAGGAGAGCUGCUUGGGUAAGCCUGGAAGUUGUGAAACACUGAAAGGGGAACAGGGAGAAGGAAAACAAGACGCGAGUACAGAGAGCAGAGAUAAAAGGCUGCUGUGCAGAAAGGCUGUAGAAAUGCCUGGGGAGGUUCCUGAAAGGGCUGUGUCACAGUUUCAGGAGACAAAGCCUGAACCUGCAGAGAAGAAGGAGCACAUGCCUGAUAUACAAAGUAAUGACAUUAAGAAUAGAAAGUCACCUCCUAUCCCUCCACCAAGAAGGAAGAGGCUCUCCCAAGUACCGAGGGUCCCCAGCUCCUGCCAGUCAAAGCAAAGAACGGUGGUGGAGCUGGCUGUGUCUGCAGUGCAGGUUCAAUGCACGAGCGGCUCAGCACCUGUGCCAGGUGGUGCAGCUUGCACAAACACUGAGACUGAACCGGGACGUGGCCGCAAGUCUGUGAUCUCAGCUGAACUGAAAGGUUCACACUUGUCUUUGGAAGGCCUGGGAGGCAGUGCUGUAGCUCAGGCGUCAGCAUCCGAGCCUGACUCCUACUCCACCAGCAGCACCGAGGAUGACUUGGACAUGCUGAGUAGCUCAUCUGGUAAGAAGACACGCUCCAUGAUAUUGGACAAGGCCAAGAACAGGCUGUCCUUUGUCAGCCUGUCCAAUGUCUUCACAGUCUUUUUGUCGAAUGAUAGAAAGCUGCAGAAGAAGAUAGUGGAGCUGGCACAGGACAAGGAUUCGUACUUUGGCAACCUCGUGCGGGACUACAGAGUGUACAGUUUGGAGAUGAUGGCAAAGCAGAGCUCCAGCACAGAGAUGCUACAAGAAAUACGGAUGAUGAUGACACAGCUAAAGAGUUACUUAGUGCAGAGCACUGAGUUGAAAUCUCUGAUAGACCCAGCCACCUACACCGAGGAACAGUUAGAUGUGAUUGCUGAGUCAUCUUUGUACAAAUGUGUCCUUAAACCUUUAAAAGAAGCCAUCAAUUCUUACUUGAAAGAAAUCCACAACAAAGAUGGAUCUUUACAGCAGCUAAAAGAGAACCAACUUGUGAUACAAAACACAACUACCACUGACCUCGGUGUCACAACCAGUGUGCCUGAAACUGUUGUGCUGGAAAAGAUCCUUCACAAGUUCACAACCAUGCACAAGGCCUACUCCCCAGAAAAGAAGAUUGCCAUCUUGCUGAAGUCUUGCAAACUCAUCUAUGACUCCAUGGCUCAGGGAAACCCAGGAAAGCCAUAUGGUGCAGAUGACUUCCUCCCUGUGCUCAUGUACGUGCUGGCCCGCAGCAACCUGACUGAAGUCCUUCUGAAUGUGGAGUACAUGAUGGAGCUCAUGGACCCUGCUCUGCAGCUAGGUGAAGGCUCCUAUUAUUUAACCACCACCUAUGGGGCCCUGGAGCACAUCAAGAACUAUGACAAAAUCACCGUAACUCGGCAGCUGAGCAUGGAGGUGCAGGACUCCAUUCACCGCUGGGAGCGGCGGAGGACACUGAACAAGGCCCGGGCUUCCCGCUCAUCAGUGCAGGAUUUCAUCUCCAUCGCCUUUCUGGAGAUUGGUGCUCAGUCAAGGACACUUGCCUCCCGGAGCGACACCACAGCUGAGCAGCUGAGCCAGCAGUGUGCUGAAAAGUUUGAAGUCACCCAUCCCAAGGACUAUGGACUUUUUGUUUAUGUUGAUGACCAGUGGCUGCAGCUGGACAAAGAAGCCCUCCCUCACCAUAUCAAAGCCUCACUGCUGAAGAGUGAAACCAAGAAAGAUUUCCAUUUUAUUUAUAAACCAAUAGACCAUAAAAAACCACCAGUUCCAAUUGUCAAAGACUCUUACUUCUCCUAAGGGCUGUGCUGCUCUUUUGUUGAGUUUUCUGCCAUCCUGGAAGGGCUGGAUAGUUUAUUUCAUGAGAUCCUUUGGUAUCUGCAGAUCUUAGAAGGUCUCUGGUGCUUGGCCUUCGACACGGGGUAGAUACGCUAGUUGUAGAUGCUGUCUGAAUACAGAGCAUUUCUCAGUGAAGUUCAUUUGCAGAAACAAAAGGAGCAUUCAGGAGAACAUUCAUGCUGUGGAAAACUUGAAGUAUCAAACCUCAGAACCUCCCACUGGCAACCAGUCGUUGUCACAGAAUGUAAAUGGACAGAGAAGAAUGAACCCAGAGGUCUUGUGGAAGAGCGGACAUUUACCCCCAAAUAAAUUAUGGCAGGUGUGAACCACCUCCGUGCACAAGGCCUGUGAAAGGUCUGCACACGCCUCGAUGCUGUUUGGAGGUAAGACUGCAUGUACGCCACGUAACGUCUGUUCACCCCGUUUGAAUAAACUGCGUCUUGGCUGAUGUAUUCGGUGGCGUAGGCUUGCCACCUGUAGCAGAACUCCAUCUCUGAUUUGCCAUCUGCAACAUGUAAUUGCCUUUAAAAUCCACAUCGUUAUAGACCAUGCAAGAGGAUCCUGCACAUUCACUAAGAAAAUAUUUUCCGCCAUCUAUUUGUCACUAAAAUCAGGUGGCUUAGGCAUUUUCAGCAAUGUGUUUUUUUAAAGAUUGAAAGUCUUCACCAUAAAUUUUACAUGUACAGCAGUUUUAAUCACAUUGGUUGCACAAUAGUGUUUGGUUAAUUGUGUAUUUAUUUCCAUGUGUGAUAUGGUGCAAUUGUUUUAAAAUAAACAUUUGUAAAGAACUUAAUAAUUCUCCCAGUGUAGCAAACUAGAUUAAAAUCUCGAAGUCAAAAAGCAAGAAUAAAAUAUUGGUCCCUUUUUACCCAGCUGUUAGUUUCUCUAGUGUUUUCAUAUCUGCAAAUCCCACGAGGUUAUUACUUUAAUAAAAUCAGGCAGUUGCAGACAGAACUUGCUAAUUCUCCUCUCUACCUCUGCUUUCAGUCAUUCGGUCACUGCAAACUUAAAUUUCCCUGCAACCUAAAUUCCCGCAAAAUAAACUGAAGCAGUGCAAAAAUUCAUUUCAUGAACUCUGAAAACAGCUUUUCAGGAUUGGAUAAUGGCAGUGGAAGCCUCAAUUGUGAGACAGAUCCUUGUCUUCUGGGUGCCUUCCUUCAGGCAAGACUCCGGCUACCAAUGCAAGAGACUGGCUUUGUAUGCGGGAGGAAAGCAGCCUCCACUGCAGCGAGGCAAACAUGGGAUCAGGCCUAGCAAAGCUCUGAUGAGAAAGAAGGGAAUGCUUUAUCGUGGGCUUGGCUCAAAGCUGCUGUUGUUUCCUCCCAUCCACAAACAGAAUUAGAGCAAGCUGCGCCAAGUUGCCUGAGGUCCCUACCUUGCGCCUGAACCUCCAAAGGGAAAAUGGCAUCGCGUGCGGCUGAUCAUGUGCUCGGUCUCUGGGGCUGGAAGCGUCCACGUCUACGUGCGCUAGCAGUAGCACGCACUGGCCAAACGUGCACCAAGAUGCCGGACCAGCACUGUGCAUCUGCCAGCCCGGGCUGCGUGCCCGCGUCAUUGGGAAGGAAUGACAACCAGGAAUGAGGAACAGUGAACAGCAGCAGUCUUGGUUUCCAGGCCACCACAUGCAGAACUUGCAGGGUGUUACACCAGCACGGAGCUGACUCCACACUCACAGUUCUCUGGUUAUUUCUACUCGUGUGCAGCUGUCAGCACCCCCCGGUGUCUCUGGGCUGCCCACCUGCAGGGGGCUGUUGCUGAACCCCGCGUGCUGCCAUCGGCCUCUGGUGGGGCAGCCUGCUGCUGCCUGGAGCCACUUACAGCCCCCUUUUUUCUUUUGCACCCACUCUCCCAAAGGUGACCACCGCUACCUCUCGCCUCCUUUCCCACCCAACCAGGGCUGGGACGAGCUGCCUGACCACCUCCAGCCCCCUUGGUAGAACUCCAAGCCACGUCCCCACCUCACUUCUAACCACCCGCCCAUGGGUAUCGCACCGGGCCGGGUCCAUGUGUGGUGCGUCUGAGGGAUUCAUCCUGCCGCAGAGGUCCUGCACCGAGCAGCAGGCCCCUGGUGUCACAAACAACUGCGCGUUCACCCAGCGAGUGGAACACAAGCUCACACGGUGAGGUGUGAGCGAUAACAUUGACCUAGAGCGAGGUCUGGUUUUCACAGGGCACAGCCAGGCACAAAACCCAUGCAAAGAUUUGCAUGCAAAGCCUGAGGAUGUGCAAAUCAGCCAGGACAGAAUGAGUUAUAGCAAAUCAUUAAUUACGCUGUGCCUUUCUCGCUGUCCUCUGCUACAAGUUAUUUAAGUCCUGGGAGCAAAGAUGUACACUUCUGCCAAAGAGCUUGGCCUGAUCAGGUUAUCUUUAUACUGCAACAUUCACAGUUAAUGAGCCUAAAAUAAUCUGAUGGGGAUGAGGCUAAAGUAGAAACAUGCAAGGAAGGAAGCUAGGACUGAUCUGCUGAGGAUUUCUGGGGAACAACUGGACUUUCCACCAGACAGAGUCAAGCAACAGAGUUGUGCAGUGAGGAGCUCCGGCACCUGGCGGUGCCCUGGGAAGGCUGAGUCAGCCGCUGGCCCUGGGGCAAGGGGACAUCACCGGUUACAUGGCUGGCCAGUGGAGCAUGAGGGAACCCUGCCAGUGCUAAAAUAUACCAAAAUCUAGUCGCAGAAUCAGACCAGGAGGUCACAGCUUUCAAAACGCAAGGAGUGCCAGAUGAAUUGGUGUGGAGGAAGAAAAAAGAAAAGAGAAAAACCAGGCUUAUAAAGAGGCUUUCAAAUUGCACAUGCAAAACUUUCAUUACAGGUGUUACAGCUGCAAAGAGCUGAUUUGGUUUGCAAAGGUUUCCAUGGAUCCUCCCCCCGUUCCCUGAACUCGGGAUCAGUCGCUUUAACACGAGUUACUGCCUGGCAGUGAGCUGCCUGGAAGGAACGCCCCUGCUGGGCUCAGAGGGGCUCUCAGAGGCCCCCGGCCUGGUUGAUCACACUGUGCAAACCACCUGCAAAGACUUUGCUGAGCGCGCACCCCCGCGGUGGAGAGACCUGUCUCCUCCAGAGCCCUGCCACAGCCGUCCCUUGUCAGGGGACGCAAGCUGGGAGAUGACCGGAGUGGCGAGAUCCUGGAGGACCAGCAGCUCCGAACAGAGAUCGCUGCCACUGCUGGGCUCACAGCUCCGUGGUGGGAAUCGGGCUCUGCUCGCACAGGAGUCAGGCAGAAGUAGCUCGUCUGGACAAACUUGCUGCUGUUUUGGUGACUGUGGGAAUGACCCGAGUCCCUAUCAGCAGGUCCCUGCCCCGGAUGGUGGUUCCUGGGCUCCUGCACCACUUCCAGCUGGUGUCUGAUAUUUCAGCUGGUGGGAAAAAAAAACGUCAAAUGUGGGAAUGAAAUGAGCACUUUUAAAUACUCCGUGGGAUUUUGUCCAUUUGCUUUCAGUCCUCGUGCUGCAGACCAGGUGAAGAGGAAGCCGUGCAGACUGGUGAUCCGCAGCUUCCCCUGGUUAGUCAAGAUGGUCACCCCAUGACUCACGCCCUGGCGCUCACAUGAGCCAUCAGCAGACAAGUGUUUCAGGAGACUUUGACCAAGAAGGGUUGUGUAAUCUGGCCAAGGCCUCCUCAAACACUCAUUUCCACAGGAAGGUUGUGCAACGAUCGCCCCUUUACGUACGAGCUAAUGAUCCUGGUGUGAGAAAGGAAGAGAGAGACCUGCUGAACCCAGAAACCUCUGUAAAGAAAAAAACAAACAUUAAAAGCCCAAGUGGCCACUGUGUGCACAGAGCUGGCUUAAAGCCACUUUGUGCCCAGGGAAACAAUCUGUCAAUAAUUCACUGAAAUAAUUACACUGGGAGGUCAUGUAUGACCCAAAAUACAAGCCAUCGAAACCAGAGGCAGUUUUCCUGCUGAAUUCAAGAGCUUUGGCUAUCAGCACACACCAGCCACCAAGCUGUACUUUGAAACCCAGGACAGACUGUAUUUUCAUCAGCUCCUGGGGAGAUUCAGGCUGGAGGCCUCCAGCCCAAGCCCUGCCAAAAGCAGGGCUCCCCGGGGUGCUCAGGGCCUUGUCCUUUUUGUGCUGCAGGGGUUGAAGGCCCUGGAGGCCACACAGCCCCUCAGGGGCCCUGCUCCAGCACUACCACCACUGCUCUGUGAAAAACGUUCUCCUCAGCCGCUCUGAAGACCCCGACUGCCCCACCAGACCCCUCCUGGGUGGGUGCUGUCACAGCAGGACACGGGCUUGCGUGGCAGUGAUGUGGUAUUUCUGUGGUCCCCUGUCUCUUUUGGGGUAUCGCGUCCCGAGUAAGGAGGCAGCAUCAGUCAGAACUGCCCGUGUGCCCAGGCGUGGCGUGCUGCUGAGUGAGGAGGUCGCCCUGUGAACACGGGAGGCUCCUUUCCCUUCCCUGCUCCCCCAGGCCUUUUCACGGGGGGCAGAGGCCGCACAGGCACAGCCAUCCGGUGCUCACCUUAGGCCGUUCUCCCAAGGGAAGACACGGCGUGGUUUGGGCAAAGCUAAAAUACUACUAAGCUGCUGGAAUCCGUAAAAUAAGCCAUCAUCUCCAACUCCACGUGGACUGCCGCUUGCUUUAGCAUUAAUGGGAAAACAGGGGCAGUUACAUGAGCUCUCAAAACCUGCAUCUGUGUAAAUCUGUACCACGUCUUAAUAGCAUAGAAUACACCUGCUGAUGCCCUCCAGGUCCUCGCCAAGGAAAGGCUGUGACUGCUGUGGUUUGGCACAGAACGACUGGGAAAAGGGCCCUGGACUCUGCCUCUAGCAUCUAAAAACGAGGAGGGAAGAAAGAGCUGGCUGAUGCAGAAGGCACUCUUCCCAGAGCCAGGGCUAAGCACAACCAUUCUGCUCAGGAAAUGUUUUUUUCUGGAUGACACGGCUUUAACUUCGGCCUGUUCUGGUUAGUGAUGACAACUUGCUGGGAAUUCGGCAGUUUUACUUAUUUUGCACAAGCUGUUGCAGCGCAGCGUUCUAGGAAUUGCAGCCUGAGCAACCGCGGGCCUGAAGGAGGAGCGAGGGUGUCUGUGCUUGCACAACGCACCAUAAGCUGCUCCGCGGGAGAGGGACCUUGCACAAGCCUCCGAUCAUUUUCUCAUCGGGUUCUACCAUCAUCCCAAAAUAAACUACCGGCCACAAAGGUAUUAAGCCAGUGUGAUGCUAUCUGGAGACCUUAAAAUAAAUGUAUUGAUCAGUGCAGGUGGAAGUUGUUUGGUUGUUUGUUUUCUAUUCUGCGGAGUUGUUUUCCUGUGUGACUGCAAAGGCAGCGGGUAGCUGGGUACAAGCUGGCAAUUCAACAGCACCUUAAUGCUUUCUGUGGUGUGCAGACAAGAACCUGAUGAGUCUACGAGGCUGCAGCAGGAUCUUCAGGUUGCCUCUUUCAUUUCAGCGUAUCCCUAAGGGAAGGGGUAGCAAUGCCACGGGGGGCAAAGUUUAGAAAGGUGAACGUCUGGAAAUCAGUUUUGUGGGAGGAAAAUGGAGAGAAGAAAAUCCCUCACUUCCACAUUUCAGCUUUGCAUCCUGACAGCUCCAAGGGUCUGCAGGAGAUGAUACCAAGUGCCUAAGAAGCAGGCUGGAUUUUCUAGGGUAGAGAGCAACUCUAAUGCAAAGACGUGCAAAACCUCGCAGGUUUAAUAUUUAAACAUGGCUCUAAACGAGUAGUUUUUCCUGUUCUUUCAAAGUGACUGGGGACUGUUGGUACACUCUUUUGUGAUAGCAGCCAGACGGGACACAGCUGUCCUGUGUGGCCAACCCUUCUUCCUGCUUUCAGGGGAACACUUGCAGCACAUUUGGGCACUCAAGAAUUUAAUAACCUACUAUUUUUAGAUCUCCGUCUGUUUUAAGUUUUACAGCUGAAAAGAAACAAGCUACUCAAAAAAGGCAAAUAUCUGAACUUUCAAUGACCCUCAAGGCAUAAAUUUUAAUUUCUUGGUUCAGUAAAGCUGAAUGAUUUUUACCCCAUCCCAUCCAUUUUGACAUUAACUGUGCUCUUGUUCACUUACUCAGUAGACAGCUGGAAGUGCCAAUACUCUUGGCUUUAUCUGGCUCUUCUUUAUAUAAAUGUAACUUCAGCUUCACCUCCUCUCCCCCUCAGCUCCUCUAAGUGGAGCUACCCACAAUUCUCACCAUAUAUACUGCUGAGAAUUAUAUAAACCAGCAAAUACUGGCUUAGUUUUACCCAAAGCCUGUUCUUUUUCCGUGAAGAUGAGGUAAUUUUGUGUAUUUUAACACACUCUGGAAAGAUCCCUGAAGUAUUUCUGCAUCCUGUCUCCACAUAUAAAACAGUAUAGACAAAACUAUUUUGAAGUACCUCAUAAUUUCUAAUUUGUUCCCCUGCUUGUUACACACAGAGUCACCUCUAAGAAGUGCCGCCAAAUGUGGUUUGGGAUUUCUGUUUUUAAUUGUGUUUUGUUUUGUUUGUAUGAUUUGUCUGAAAAAAGCUUUACAAGGGCUAAAUAACCUUUUAGUGCAGUGUCACGAAAAGAAAUACCUCUUGUUCAUUUUCAGGAAAUAAGAUGUCCAACACUAUUGCCCUGUAGGUUGAUGAAACUGCCAACUUUAUUUUUAUUCACAGACAAUUCCUGAACUGUAUGAGGUUUGUGUGUAAAUACAUUUAAUUAUAGCAUACUGGCACUCUAUUUACAGCAUUAGAUACUUGUGGUUUUUCUUUGGGAAACAAUGCUUUCUACCCAAAAAGGUUCUUGCUAUCCACAGUUGAACUGUGCUGUUAACAUUUGAUAGUUCUUGAAUGCAAUACACUUCUUUAAACUGUUAAGGAGUUAAAGCUUAGAGAACAAACUUUGGUUUCUUCACUCAAACUGUAAAUUAGUCACUGUAAUGAAUUCAUUAACAUCGUCAAAAAAAAAAAAAGGUAAUGCUUAUCAAUAGUGUACUUUGUUUUCCAAAACUUGAGUCAAUGUUUAAAUUUCGCAUGGAUUUCAAAUCACUGUUGGUGGCUUGUAGUGUUCAUCCAGAGAUUCUUAGAGCAUCACACUU